AAAAAAAAAAAAUUAUAGACUUUUUUCGACAGUUACAAAAAUUUCAGAUUAUUUUAUUGACCAGAGGAUUAGUUUUUUUGUGAUUUUAUACCUGACAUAGUUACAGAAAAAUUUAUUUACAGGAAACAAAAAUAUUUAUUUACAAACGAUCAAAAGUUCCCCUUGUUUAAUAUUAUUUUAUCCUAAAAGAUUAAACGGCCUUCAUUCGUAACAGAAUUUAUUUAACCGUGUAGAGAUUAUUAAAUUGACUGUUAAGUAACACGAAAAUAAAAACACAUACGAGCAUAACCGGAAGAUAACAUUCAAUGAUAAUUUAUUACGAUCUAUUUUUUUUUCGAUCAAAUAAUUUUUUCAAGGACACAAAAAUAACUCUAACAAUGUUGAAGCAUUUAAGAAACCCUAGCACUUAAUCUAAUGAUAGCCUAUCCGAUAUUUCCCCAUGUACACAAACCUAGCUAUGCUAUGGAGUUCAACAUCACUAGUCAUAUGAUAAUUUUAAUCAAUGAAUUUAGGUCCCUCUCUUAUUCUGAUAGUCCGGUUAUAAAUAAGAGCUUAGAUCUGACACAAACGGGUUACUAAGUUCUCAAAUUUCGAAGAGGAAAUAACGUUUAAAAGUUAACUAUGGUUUUGGUGAACGGCAACAGGCAUUGCAGUAGGCGAAGGGAAAUGGAUCGACUCAUUCCAAUCAUAGGAAUUAUUUGCUUCAUUGUUCCAUUUGGAACGUCAGCUACUAUUGGGAAUAUGAAAAAUAUAACAGCUGAUAUUCUUAAAUAUCGCAAUACCGAUGUCAGUCCCUGUGAUAAUUUCUACCAAUUCGCUUGUGGCAAUGCCAAAGGAAACCCAGAAGUAUCAAGCAACUUCGUUUCCGUCGUAGAUAAGAAAAUGGAUGAUUUGAUUCAGAAUCAAAUGUCAAUAAACUUAAAACCAUUCAAGCUUAUCGAGGAUCUUUACAAAACAUGUAUGAGUGAUAAGGCCGUUGGACAACAAGCUUUGGAUGUACUGAAAAAAGUUGUCGAAAAAUUGGGCGGCUGGCCUCUUUUGACAGGCGUCAAAGACUCUAAUUUCGACUGGGUAGACUUCACUAUUGAAUCCAAGAAAAUCGGUCUGAAUUUCGAUGCUUUUUUGAACAUCGAACCUGAAAUAUACCCGUAUUUCAAUGAAGGGUCAAUGAAAUACUUUAUCUACGCCGUACCAGAAGAGUGGAAUCACAAAAGUUCCAAUUCUUCGGAUAAACUGAAUGCUGCUUACCAGAAUUAUAUUGCGAAAAUUUCUACUUUACUAGGAAACAAACGAGAUGUUUCAAAAGAUAUUGAUGAAAUCGUCGAAUUCGAACGAAAAAUUUUAGAGGUUCGUUUGGGCAAACAUUCAGGGAACGGUUCUAAUGAAAUAACGAUUGAAGAAUUAAUCAAAAAAUGGCCGUCAAUAAAUUGGGAUAAAUUAAUCAACAAUGUCAUAAUAAAUAACCUUGAAACUCCUAUAAAAAUUUCUGAACUUUCUCUAUGGGAAACAGAAUCUCUCCCAAAUUUCAUUGAACUUUUUGAGAAAACUCCAAAACAUGUGUUAGCAAAUUACGCUGUAUGGAAAACGAUUCAAAAUACGGUUCCCUAUUUGACGGAAGAAUAUCGUGAGUUAAAACGCGAAUAUUGUCUAACCCAGACCUGUGAAGAUAUGACGCGCGAGCUCUCUUGCGUGGGCGUUGUCAAAAAAUAUCUAGGGCCCGCUGUUAAUUUAUUGUACGCUAAAAAUUACAUCGGCAGUGAGAUCGUAAAUGGCAUUGAAGAAAUUAUCGCUAAUUUGAAAGCGGUACUGGUGGAUUUAAUCAAUGAGUCAACUUGGAUGAACCAGGAAGAAAAGAAAGACGAUAUUGAGAUAAUUAAAAAUACGAAAUUUGUUAUUGGUUUUGAAGAAAGAGAUAAAAGCGACAGUGACUUUGAUGAUUACUACAAAAAUUUGGAAAUUGAUACCAAUAAUUAUUUCCAGACCUUAUUAAAUUUGGAAUUAUUCAAUACAAAUAAAAAAUUUAAUAAUGUUACCAGUCUAGGCCUUAAGAAUGCAAUCAAUCCAAUGAAAUUUAAUUUUGCUUUCAGUACUUUUGGAAGAAUAUAUAUAUCGAUGGGUAUGUUUCGAGAACCGAUUUUCGACCCCAAAUAUCCAAUGCACGUGAACUUCGGUCGCUUGGCACCAAUAAUUGCUAUAGAGCUUUCGAAAGUUAUCUACCAUGCCGAGCAUAAGUCAAAUGAAGAAUUGAUUUCAUGUUUCCGUCAUCAGUAUGAUAACUAUACCAACUUUGAAGAAGUCCAACAAUAUGCCAAUAAUGCGAAGGUAAGCUGGCGAGUUAGUUUCUAUAUGGGUUACAAGAUCGCAUACCUGGCCUACCAACGGUGGGUAAAAAAUAACGGAAUCGAGCCUGCGUUACCGGGAUUACCCUACACGAAUAAUCAACUCUUCUGGAUUGAUUCUGUGCGCAUUAGUUGCAUGGAUACUUCAAACUGGCCCAAAGUUAUUGAUGGCAAAUAUAAUAUUUUUGAAUUUGGUUACUUCAAGGCCGUAACGAGUACUGAACAUUUUUCCGAUGCCUUCAAUUGUCCUAAUGACGCAACAAGUUUUGUGUAUAAUUACGGAAAAUCUUGUACUUAUUUGUAAUUUCAAUUAUUAUGGUCACAAAAAAAUGGUACACGGAAAAAAAAGUAAGCAAAAAUGAUCAUAUGAAAAGUAACUCGAAACGAAGGGUUAAGAUGGGAGGAAUUAUUACUUUUUUUUUCAGGGUGUAGAUCUUAUUAAAUCUCAUUAAACAACUGAGAUCUACGAGGAACUAAACCAUUUUUUUAACGAAAAAUUAUGUUUUUUUUUUUUGUAUUUCAUGUAAACUUUGUUUUUUGAAAACAUUGUA